CUAACCCAUAAUGGUCCUAAACUAUUCAGUGCAGUCAUAGACUGCAGAAAAGGAAAUAAAAUAACGUUAUUUUUUCACAGUUUUUAUUAAAAUUUGAUUUCUUAACGUAUGUCCGUUUAUGUUAUUCUCGGGUUCUCUUGUUUUGUUUUAGCUAGUUUGUUUUCGAGUGCUCGAACGGCACGUUAGCUAACCGUUAGGAACAAUUCGUUAGCUAAUGUCAACACAAAUUCUUCAAUUUUGACACUACAACGGUGUUUGUGUGCACUGUACAGUGUACAAGUGUAUUUGUAAACAAGUCCGAAAACAAGAUACUAAACCUGCUGCAGGAGCGUUGACAGUAUUAUCUGAGGCCCACGUGAUGGCUGGUGCAAGACCUGCUGCUGGACCGAGUUCCUCCAAGAACGAUCGCCUGAGUUUGUACAGUGACCUGAAUCCAAACGACGAGGAGUUUGACAGAAUUGCUGAAGCAAAUGAACUGUUUGAUGCUGUUCUGACUGGUUCAGUUGAUCAGGACAAGAAAGUUACUGCUAAUGUACUUCCCUCCACCGAGACACCAGCUAACGAGAAGCCUAAAUUAACAGCAGUAAAAGAUGAGAAAACAGGGAAUCCGGGGAGGAGAUUGUCCUUGUAUAUUGGAAAUUUCUCUUGGUGGACAUCUGACAUGGACCUUAUUAACAUGGCUCAAAGGUUGGGUGUGAAGGACAUCAAAGAAAUAAAAUUUGCAGAGAACAGAGUAAAUGGCCAAUCGAGAGGCUAUGCAGAAGUGGUGGUAAUGUCAGAAGAGUCGUUAAAAACAUUGUUGGAAAAAAUACCAAAAUGUCAACUUAAUGGAGGAAGAAUAGACUGUCGCUUUGCCACCCGCCAGAACCUCACUAUGUUUGAAGACAUAGCAAAUAAACGUAUACCCCUGCGUAACAAUUCUAAGGACUCUGAUUCUUCAGAGAAGAUUCCAUCAUUAUUGCCACAAGAGCCCAGCCCUCCCCCUUUACCUCCACUUUUUCCAUCACACCCACCUCCAAACAGUUUCCAGUCAUCACCAAACCCUUUUCUUAGCCACCUCACGGCUCCUUUCCCACAUAUGCCUCCGAACAUCCUACCACCACCACUACCACCUCCACCAUUCUUUCCUGCUCAACCACUACCUAUUCCGGGACAAGCAUCUUCCAAUUUUCAUGUAAAUCCAGCAUUUUUCACACCAGGGCAAGAUGGGCACAGCAGCAAAUCGUACAGUCAACAAAAAAACACAUCUCAAAGUACAGCUGGAGAUUUUGAAGAUCUAAUGAAUAGAAAUCGAGCUGUUGCCAGUAGUGCCAUCACCAAAGCAGUGUCUGGAGCAACAGCUGGAGACUUACGAGUAGCAAUGGAAACUCUAUUAACUGCCAUCGCCAUCAUUAAGCAGUCCAGGGUGUAUGGAGAUGAUCGCUGCCAAGCCCUGGUCACUUCACUCAAAGAUUGUUUAGUUUCUAUCCAAGGCAACUAUGGCUACAGGAGUAACAAUCGUUCUGGGGACAAAGAUCGUGAGAGAGAUCGUGACCGAGGUCGCGACCGAGGUCGGGACAGAGAGCGAGAACGUGAUAGAGAACGGGAUAGAGAACAUGACCGGGAAGAAUCUUCCAGCUGGGAGGGCACAGGCUCAUCUCGAAGGCACAGAGAGCAUUCUAGGAGUGGAGAGAGGGAUAAGGAACGCUCACGAGAACGAGAAAGGCACAGAGAUCACAGAGAUCGAUACCACUGACUCUGUAAGCAUUUCCCUAAAUACAGGUGCAGGGUUUUUAGGUGUGAAGCAAAGCAAAGAUACAGAACUGCACAAGUUAUAUAAAGUCUGGAGAAAUCCAAGGUGAGACUGAAGAUCUCUACAAGAGUAAAGCACCUUUUUGUUCUUCAGUCAUCUGUACUUACUUGGACUUCUACCUGUAUAAGGAAAAUGUGUUUGCAUGCUUGGAAACACCUCUGUAACGUAUGUAAUACAGUGCAUUGUUUUCAUUGUUUUUUUUUUCUAUUAAAUCUACAAAUUAAAAACAUUCCCUGACAAUGUAA